CCCAUAUGUACGUAACGCAUGCGUGCUGUGUUGCGUUCCGCACAGAAUCCACACAAGCGCAGAUAUGGCGGAUCUCUCUCUGGAUGAAGUGAUUCGUCGACGCAGUUUUAACGCUAGAGGAGUCAGUAAGAGGCCCAUAUAUGGCAGAGGGGCGGGGCCAGUGGGCAGGGCCUUCGAUGCCCGUCAGAUGAUUGGCAGCGGUGAUGUCAGACAGCGGCUGGGAGUGGGCGGAGCUACAGGAGCGUUUCAGGUGAAGGAUGCGCGAGAGAAGCUGGGGCAGAAGGACGCUCGGUUCCGGAUCCGGGGGCGAGGAGCCGGAGCCGUACAGGACGCGCGGCAGCUGCUAAACUCACGCAAACAGCAGCAGGCUCCGCCUCCGAGCGCCACGCCCGUCAAACCCACGGGAAUCCCUCACGUCCAGAUCCACAACACCGGCCCCGUCUCCGCCGGGCCCCGGCCCCAGAGCACCAGAAUGGGCAUGGCCCUGCAGCUGGGGGGCGGGAUCACGACAGUUGUGGACGUGCGCGAUAGGUUAAGCUUAAAGAGGAGCGUCCCGACGGCGUCCAAUCAGAGCGCAGCGUUUUUGAAAAUCACCAAAACCAUCCAGCAGAGGCCGGUGGGAACGACCAGCGGGAUCCGCUUCAAUGUUCCCAGUGCAGCCGCUCCGGUCAUGUCUGCUGCUGCUGCUGCUGAGGAAGAUGAUGGAGCUGUGGUUCCCAACAAACAGAUGAAGAUCACUACAGCCAACCACCUGCAGACACGAGCGGGGCCCGUCUCUCUCUCGACUCCCAUCACUAAGGUGGUGAAGAACGACUCUUACACUCCUCCUUCAGUCUCGGUGCCCCCCGCUCGCCCCCCCACACAGAGCCUACAGCCCGUCUGCAGAGCCACCGUCAGCACACAACAGACCAGCAGAGACACCAGCGGCCCCACACACACACCUGCACAGCCUGUCUUCAGUCCUCUGGAGGGCACAAAGAUCACGGUCAACAACCUUCACCCUCGAGUGACUGAGGAGGAUAUAAUGGAGCUGUUCUGUGUGUGCGGUGCGCUGAAGCGGGCGCGGCUGGUGAAGGCUGGCGUGGCUGAGGUGGUGUUUGUGCGUAAGCAGGAUGCAGUCAGUGCUUACAGGAAGUACAACAACCGCUGCCUGGACGGCCAGCCGAUGAAGUGUAACCUGCACAUGCAGGGCAGCGUGAUCACGUCAGAGCAGCCCAUCCUCCUGAGGCUGAGCGACUCGCCCGGCGCAGCGGCUCCAGCGCAGAAGGACUCGUCGUCUCGCUCGGGCUCCAAGACGUCUUCAGGGCCGGAGGUGGAUCCUCAGACCAUCCUGAAGGCUCUGUUCAAAUCGUCCGGUCAGAGCGGCUCCAGCGGAGCAGAGACGAGCGGCCCUCACUCCACCGCCUUCCGCAUCAAGAUCUGACGCCUGUUUCUACGAGCGGAGCUCCUCACGUUCACACAGCUCCCGCUUCACUUUUAACGCCUCUUUUCUUUUCUUCAGUAAAGAUCUUGCUUUAUAA